GUGUCCAUUUUCCCUCCAAGUCUCAGAGCGAGAGAGAGAGAGAGAGAACGGCGGCGGAGAUGGCUUCCUCCUCCUCCUCGUCCGGCGCCGGAGCGGGGCACUUCGACAUGCCGUGGGUGGAGAAGUACCGGCCGAGCAAGGUCGCCGACAUCGUGGGCAACGAGGACGCCGUCUCCAGGCUGCAGGUCAUCGCUCGCGACGGCAACAUGCCCAACCUCAUCCUGUCCGGUCCUCCUGGGACUGGUAAAACUACGAGUAUACUGGCUCUUGCGCAUGAACUACUUGGACCGAACUAUAAAGAGGCGGUGUUGGAGCUGAAUGCAUCUGAUGAUAGGGGAAUAGACACUGUAAGGAACAAAAUUAAGAUGUUUGCCCAAAAGAAAGUAACUCUUCCUCCUGGGAGGCAUAAGAUAGUGAUAUUGGAUGAAGCUGACAGCAUGACUUCUGGAGCACAACAGGCUUUGAGGCGGACAAUGGAAAUAUAUUCAAACACCACUCGCUUUGCUCUUGCAUGCAAUACAUCUGCGAAGAUCAUUGAGCCUAUUCAGAGUAGGUGUGCUCUUGUUCGCUUUUCGCGAUUAUCUGACCAAGAAAUACUUGGGCGUCUUUUGGUGGUGAUUGAAGCAGAAAAGGUAGCCUAUGUCCCCGAAGGCCUUGAGGCUAUCAUUUUCACUGCUGAUGGUGACAUGAGGCAGGCGCUUAAUAACUUGCAAGCAACAUACAGUGGGUUCCGGUUUGUCAACCAGGAAAACGUUUUCAAGGUUUGUGAUCAGCCACAUCCAUUGCAUGUCAAGAAUAUCGUUCGCAAUGUCCUAGAUGGGAAGUUUGAUGAUGCUUGUGCUGGUCUGAAGCAACUUUAUGAUCUGGGCUAUUCCCCUACAGACAUAAUUACUACGCUUUUUCGUAUCAUAAAGAAUUAUGACAUGGCUGAGUAUCUGAAGCUGGAGUUCAUGAAGGAAACUGGCUUUGCGCAUAUGAGAAUCUGUGAUGGUGUUGGUUCAUAUCUUCAGUUAUGCGGUCUUUUGGCUAAGCUAGCUGUGGUCCGUCAGACUGCUAAAGCAGCUUGAGGAUGUGGAGCUGCAACAUCUCUGUAGCCGGGCUUGUCCUUCGCGACUCCUGUGAAUGUAAGGAUGCGUUUGAUUUCAUUAUUAGGUGCCUGCAGAUGAGGAUUUGAAAGAGUGGUGUUAAUUUACCUCCCCCGACUUAAUGAGUUUUGAAACCCAGUGCAUCUCUUGGUGAUGCAUAAGGUCCCCACUUAGUUGAAAGCAUGGAGUAGGAUUUUCUUCUGGAGACUUGUGGAACGGUUCUUGUACAAAUGGCAUCAUCUCUUUGUUUUUCCCCAAUUUGAAGUUUUUUGCAAUUAGGGUUUUGAUUCCCUUACA